AUGUCGGAACCAACACCAACAUCGCAUUUAAAUGAACCAUUAAUAAAUGAUGAAAUUCUAGUAACAGCUCCAUCAACACCAUCAACGGCUCCCUCGACACCAUCCGUAAUACCAACGACACCACCAGUAGUAUCAACAACACCACCAGUAACUUCAUCAAUAUCAACAAUAAUCCCACCGACAUCAUCAAUAACUCCAACGACAUCAUCAACAAAUCCACCAGCAUCAGAUCCAACUACCUUAUUUAUGCAAGCAUAUGAAUAUGCAAAAAAUAACUAUAAUUGGCAUAAAGUAUCAGCAGCUAUAUCAAAUAAUCCCGAAUGGUUAACACGAAUACCAGAAGGUCGACGAUGGACAAUAUUACAUCAAGUUGUUUUUUUUGGAAAUGUUUCACAUUUAAAUGAAGUUCUUUCUUAUCAACUUUCAAAUGAAGAUUUUCGUCUUCUAUGUAAAACAUUAGAUGAUAAAACAGUUCGUGAAGUUGCUAGUGAACGUGCACAUAUACAUCCACAAAUGUUACGUCAUAUUGAACGUCUUGUUGCUAUUGAUCAAGUAUUAUAUAAUGCUCGAGAUGGUAAAUGGGAAUUAGUAAAACAAUUUCUUCGUCAACAACCGGAUAUUGUUAAUGAAAAACCACCAUAUAGAAAAUUGUAUUUAGUACAUUAUCUUGCAUCAAUAGGUAAUCUCGACAUGUUUAAAGAAUUAAGUAACAUAUGUCAUUUUAAACUUAAUUUAACUGUUGAUGAUAAAACAAUAAAUGAAAUGGCACGUGAUAAUAAUCAUAUUGAAUUUGCUGAACAUAUUGAAAAUCUUCAAGCAAAUAUAAAUGAAACAACUGAAAAUGAUGAUGAUGAUCAAAAUGCUGCAGCAGCAACAGGAAAUGAUUCUUAUUCAUCACAAACAACUACUGCACCAUCAUUUAGUCAAGGAUUUUAUGAUGAUCCUGGUAUAAUGAUAUUUUCAUUAAAUCCUAAUACGAUGGGAACUAUGUUUUUAUCACAAGAUGGAUCAUUACCAUAUCCUAGUCAUCAUCAUCAUCAUCAUCCUUAUUCAUCUAAUCAUUCACAUUAUGCAACACAUUAUCCAGCACAAGAUCAAGUUCUAACAAAUAUAUCAGCCAUUACGAUAGAUUCUAAUCAAAGUUCGAUGGACGAAGAAACUGAAUAUGAAAAUAAAAAAAAAUCAGAAUCACAUGUACUAUCAACAAUGACUGAAGAGGACCAAGCAGAAUAUGAAAAAACAGUUAUGGAAAAUAUAAAAAAAUUUUCUUCUGAAAAUUUACUUAAUGCUAUUACAUGUUGUAUUACAAAAACCAUUCUUAGAGAUCCAGUUGUGGCUGCUGAUGGUUUUACCUAUGAACGAGAAGCAAUUCUUAAUUGGUUUAAAGGUUCUAAUCGUAGUCCAAUGACCAAUCAAGUACUUGAAAAUACAGAACUAAAACCAAAUUAUGCUGUAAAAUCAAUUUUACAAUCAUUUUAUGAUUCAAAAAAGAACGAAAAAAAACUGGAUGAAAAAGUGCAAAAAAAUGGUGGUCAUUCUAAUUAA